AUGAAGCGCUUGCUGCGAUUACCGUUACUGAUAUGGUACUGGUUAUGGCGGCAUUUGUCCUCAUUCUUCCGAUGGUUAUGCAGAAGAAAGGAUGAGCAUCCGAACUGUGAGGAAGCGCACAAGUUGUUGAUCGCCAAUGUUCCUUUGAUUGAUUUUGAUGUCGUUCAUAAGGACACAUGUGAAUCGUUGGAUCGUCGUGGAAAACCUCUAGCGGCGUCCGCUUAUAACUUGACGUCGUCUCAAGCAAUCACUAUCGAUGGAGCUAUCGAGGAAAAUGAGGCUGGUCCUCGCUUACCCCUGAAUGUGAGACGAUCCUGUCAUGACAUAGCGACACCGCGUACAUCAAACGACAAAAUUAUCGAAACCAACAUCGAUUUCGGCUCCACCGGCCCUCAACGGAUAGCGCAAUUCUUCUCUCGACCAUUCAGAGGAAUUCCUCUGAAGAGAACAAAAAGCGUUAGUAAGCUCGAAAAAACCGUCCAAGCCUACACAUUAAGUCGUGUGGAUUCGCAACGAUCACAAGAGAACCUGUUGUCGUCGGUGGUGAAUAGCGGUGGUGCGCCAGGAAGAUCAUCGACUACGGUGGCGACGGCUGCGGCGGCGCCUGGAAAGACGGCACUCAGAUCCAGUCGAUCGCAUGAAAGCCUCCUCAAUUACAAUACUACCACAUCGUGUGUGAUCGACCUUGGCGAGGACGCACGGUUACAUCCAGUUCAUCCGUCAGUGUUGGACGUGCCGAACUGCUUCCGAGUGGCCAACACGUACUACGCUUGCCGUACACCCCUGGAGCGAGCAAAAUGGAUCGAAAACCACAACAUUCAUUUGAUCUACCACUACAUGAACAAAUGGCUGACGAGAACCUUAGAUGUUUUCCCACUAAAAGUCAAACUACACUUCCAACUUGUACCUAUCACUAACCUGUUGCGAUUAUUCUUACGUUUUGUUUGUAAUGUACUAUCGAGGACAAAUCAAUGUGUUGCAGACAGUGUUGCAGUUGGUCCUGUGGAUAUUCGCAUUAUCUGGGCGAGGACCUCUCGUGCGGUGUUGAUGGAUGUUUGUUCAGUCGCUCUCGUCCUUUCGUUCCAAAUGGAUCAUUCUCAACGCUGUUUACGCCGUACAAUGAACCCACGGCGUGACGCUCAACGUCGUGUCGAGAACGCCCUGCAGCUGUGGGUUCUUGAGGCAAAAGGAGUGCCCGCCAAGAGAAGGUACUACUGCGAAUUAUGCUUGGAUAAAACGUUAUAUGCUAGGACAUCGUCAAAACCGCUCGUUGACAAUGUGUUCUGGGGAGAGCACUUUGACUUCACAAUGCUGCAAAAGAUGGAUGAGGUGUGCAUCAACCUAUAUCGGGAAGGUGAUCCAAAAAAGAAAAAAGAGCGCUCAACGCUAAUUGGAUACAUAUUGAUCGCCAUUGAACAGCUUAGCAGCAGGCAUCCUGUCGAACGAUGGUACACGGUAACGACAACCAGUGAAAGCGGGAACAGGUUGGCAUCGGCUCUGGGAACAAAAAGCGCUAAUCAGGAACAACCUGCAGUGCGGAUAAAGGCCCGUUGGCAAAGUAUCGGUAUUCUUCCACUACGUGCAUACGAUGAUUUCUUACACUACCUCUCCUGUAAUUACUUACCACUAUGUAUUCACCUUGAACCAGUGUUAACUGUCAGAGCAAAGGAGGAUCUCGCAACAGCACUUGUUCGAGUGCUGCACAAACAGAAGCUAGCUAAUGAUUUUCUCUGUGAGCUGGUUAUGUCGGAAGUGGACUCUCUCGAUAACGACCACUUGAUGUUUCGGGGGAACUCGCUUGCGACGAAGGCAAUGGAAGCGUAUAUGAAGCUCAUUGCAGACGAAUAUCUUCAAUCAGUCUUGGGUGAGUUCAUACAAAACGUUCUUUCCUCCAACGAGUCAUGUGAGGUGGACCCUCUGAAGCUGAACGGAGCAUCUACAUCGACCUUAGAAAAGAACCGAAUUCACCUUACAAGACUAGUGGAGCUUGCAUGGGAUAGAAUUAUUGGCAGUACGUCAGCAUUUCCGAUGGAGUUGAGAAUGGUUUUCGGAUCGCUACGGGAACGACUGGAGUCACAAGGGCGAAGUUCGCUUGCCGAUACCCUGAUUUCGUCGUCUAUAUUUCUGCGUUACCUUUGUCCAGCGAUUCUUAGUCCAAGCUUGUUCAACUUGGUCACAGAAUAUCCAAGUGGAGUGACAGCCAGAAAUCUUACGCUCAUAGCCAAGACACUACAAAACCUUGCAAACUUCACAAAAUUUGGUGGCAAAGAACACUACAUGGAGUUUAUGAAUGGAUUUGUGGAAAGAGAAUGGCAGCGGAUGAAGGAUUUUUUGCGCCGCAUAUCAACUGGACAAUCGUUGCGACCGCCCACCGAGGUCAUCAUUGAUGUUGGCAAGGAUUUGAGUCUCUUGAACAGUUAUUUGGAGGAAGCAUGGACUCCAGAAGUACAUGAGCGGGCAAGAGUUACUGACAAACGCCUUGCUGAGCUGCGAGAGAUUUUGUUGGACCUACAUGAACAUAAUCGAAGAACAAUCGGAUCUGUUAAUGGAACAUUGCACUCUCCAAUGCUUCAGCAAAAUAGUAGUGAUUAUGAGAACAGCCCACAACAAAUCCUGAGACCGCGUAACGAGAAUGUGCCGGCAUAUCGCUCUACACCUCCUACCGGUCAAGCCACUGUAAUGAGUAGAAGUCGACCUGCAGCUCAUCUUUUUACCAGCGAUGAUUACGUGUUGAGUACUGCAUUUCAAAGUUCUGGGAGACAACUGACAAGAAUGAGUGAUGAGACUGGCACAUCAAGUAGUCACGUCAGCGAAAAAACCUCAAGUAGUGGAGAUGCAAGAGAUACAGACAGCGAGACGGAGGCUGUAGGGUUACUGUCCGACCGAACACGAUCCCGAAAGACUCGUCGGCGUUGCGAUGAUUCGCCUCCCGGAAGUCAACCUGCAUCCAGUGGUUAUCAUAGCAAUAACCAAAGCAGCAACUCGUCAUCCUCAUCGCCAAUUGACCGUACUACAGCAUUAUCAAUCUCAAAUCCAGCAUUUAACGCCAGCUCGUCGAUGUAUAGCAGCGUUGGUUUUCCUGACAUUCAUCCAGGCCCAUCUGGCAUUAGCUAUCGUCGAGCGAGUCCACCACCAUACCAUUCUGACAUGCACAAUGGUUAUGCUCAUCAGCCGUUAUAUGCUCUGCCUCCGGACUGUGAUUCUCAGCAUAGUAGUUUGAGUGGUAAGGCGAGUUUACCUAGAACAAAUCCACGGGCAACGCGGAAUUCAAUAAUGCUGCGGCCUACCGUUAUCGAUGUAGUUCCUGAUGACUGGGAUAGAUCAUCAAAUGUUCGCGAGAAGAACUGGAAUGGGACUGCUUACGACAACCAGCAGCAUUUGGAGAUAAUUGAGCAGCAAAAACGCGAAAUUGAACGGUUAAUUCGAGAAAACGAGAUCCUUAAACGACAUGUAGCUGCAACGUGUCCACCAUUACUGCAGAACAAGAACGAGCGCAACCACAGCGGUGCUUCGGCGGAAAGCGUUGAUUCGCUUGGGUCGGAUGGGUUGCGGAGUACUGUUCCUCAUCCUCGAUAG